AGGAAUAUGAUGUUCGAAUCAUAGAUUUUGCAUAAGAGGUUUAACUAUAUUACAUCGUUCCUUUUAAGUUUUAUAUAGGUUAAUAAAAAGAGUAAAAAUGCUCGAUUACCUGUUCUACUUCUUCCUUGGAGUUCUGGCUGUAUAUUCAGUGCUUUUUAUUCUGAUUGUGAUUGGUGACUGUGACCUUUACUUACAAUUUGCAGAGAAAUUUGGAAAGAAACCAAAUGUACUGAAGGAAAAGGUUGUGUGGAUAACUGGUGCUUCUAGUGGCAUUGGUGAAUAUUUGGCAUAUGAGCUAGCAAAAGCUGGUUGUAAGUUGUGCCUGUCAGCUCGCAGAGAAAAAGAGCUUGCACGAGUCAAGAAGGAGUGCCUGUUGCAUGGAAAAGUCAAGGAUGAGGACAUAUUGGUGCUGCCUCUGGAUGCACUAAAAUUUGAGACACAUUCACAAGCUACUCAACAUGUGUUAAAACAUUUCAGUAAGAUUGACAUUCUGGUGAACAAUGCUGGCCGCUCACAGCGUGCUCUGUUUGAGGAGACAUCCAUAGAAACUGAUAGGGAAGUUUUAGAACUGAAUGUUUUAGGAGUUCUCUCCCUUACAAAGCAGGUGCUCCCACAUAUGUUGGAGAGAAAGGAGGGCCAUAUUGUUGUCAUGAGCAGUAUUGCAGGAAAACUCAGUGCUCCAAUAUCUGCGUCUUACACAGGAAGUAAACAUGCAAUUCAGGGCUGGUUUUCUUCUCUGGCCAUUGAGACAUUUGACCGGAAUGUAGCAGUCACUCUUCUCUGUCCUGGUCCUGUGUUCUCUAAUAUACUGGACACAGCAUUUACUGGAAAACCUGGAGAGGAAUUAAAAGAAAAGAUGAAUUCUACUGAUAAGAGAAUGUCUACUGCUCGUUGUGCAGAGUUAUGUGCCAUUGCCAUCGCUAACCGCCUGUCUGAGGCCUGGAUUUCCCUGAAUCCUGUGUUGUUGUUUACCUAUGGUUUCCAGUAUUUCCCAAAUUUUUCUAGAGUACUAGGCAAAAGAAUGGGACUGAAAAUGUUAAAGAAGAUACGUGAAGGGAAUAUGAAUUAGGUGAUUCACUAACAAUACUCAUACAAAAUGCAUUCAUAUUGUUAGUUGAUUCUGAUGUAAUACUUUAUUUGGGAAAUAAAUUGUUUUAACAAUUC